GAUGAUCAGUGUGGCCCCAGAAGGGCCACCUGUCAGUGUCCAUCAGUGCCAGCAGUCAGUGCUCAUCAGUGCCACGUGCCAGUGCCCAUCUGUGCCACAUCAAUGCCACAUAUCAGUGCAUACCAGUGCACAUCAAUGCCACAUAUCAGUGCCCAUCUGAGCUGCCUUUCAAUCACCCAUCAGUGCCAGUCAGUGCCACCUAUCAAUGCCAAUCAGUGCCACCUAUCAGUGCUGCCAAUCAGUGCCACCUAUCAGUGCCAGUCAGUGUCGCCCAUCAGUGCCGCCUAUCAGUGCCAGUCAGUGCCGCCUAACAGUGCCAGUCAGUGCUGCCUAACAGUGCCAGUCAGUUGCCAGUCAGUGUCGUCCAUCAGUGCCAGUCAGUGCUGCCUAUCAGUGCCAUAUAUCAGUGUCAUGUAUCAGUGCUGCCUUUCAGUGCCCAUCAGUGAUGCCUGUCAAUGCCCAUCAGUGCAACCUACCAGUGACUCCUCAUCAGUG